UAUAAGAAAAACAAGUGCAUAAUAUAACAAUAUGCACAGUAUAAAUGCAUAAUGUAUGCCAGAGUAUUGCUCAGAUGAAUUAUUAUUGCAUAUAGAGUAAUGCACAGAUUAAUUAUUAUUGCAUAGAGUAUUACACAGAUGUUACUGUUAUUCGAAAUAAUCCUAAUCAUGUUUUUCUUUUUUUCUGUUUUACAGCUUCAUUACAACACUUAAUAUCACCAACACACACAUAUCCACACACACACACACACAUAUAAAACCAACGGCACUUUUAAGAGCCACUCUUUCUCUCACUGUCUCUCUUUCUAUCACUCUCUCACUUUCUCUUUUAAUCACUCUCUCACUUUCUCUGUUAAUCACUCUCCUGUCUUUCUCUCACUCCUACAAAUGGCUGGAGGGUCACAAAAAAAGACCUGCCCAAACUGUAGUGAACAAAUUUACUGUGGAAAUAAAAUCUGUCCACUAUGUGAACAUCCACAGCCAAAAAAUGUGAGACUCAAAAAGAAAAUGGACAAAUUCCAAAGCCAGCAGAAGCAGUGGUUGUCAUCCAUGACUAAAAACAGAAUCAAGUCCCACGUUAUUGAUGACGCCGCCCUUCUGCUGGAAAAGUGACAUGCCCUUGGCUUGAAGCCCCUGCUGCUGCUGGCGUAUCCCCCUACCAAUUUGGUGCCACGGACAUCUAAAACAAAGGUUUUGAUGCCCAUGCAUGCCCAGCUUAGCACAUCAGCCAAGACAUGCCUCGACAAUGUGGAGGCCAUCUACAAGCUGAUGGUUGCAGGUUGGACACGACUCAACCCAGACCAAGAGGAGCACCCUGACACACCAACACCACCCCAAGACCCACCCAACCAACUGCCCGAUGGAAGCUACAUCUUAAAUUUGGUGCCAUGUGAUCCAUCACCCAUCACCCAUAACCAGCAACCACAGGAAACAGCAGAUCCACCACCAAACCAGGCUCCCAGCACCCACCCACCACCAAACCAGGCUCCCAGCACCCACCCACCACCAAACCAGGCUCCCAGCACCCACCCACCAUCACACCAGGUUCAAAUUAUGCUGGAACCAUCACACCAAAUCCCACCAAUGCGGCAGCCACGUAAAAGAACCAAAACAAUUAAAAAUUGCUCUCACAACCAUCUGGAGGUGUUCCCUGUCCGCACCAUAAUAAAGACAAGGAACCGAAAGAUGUACAAUGUCUUUGUCUGCCUACCACAGGGGGGGACGGAGCACCUUUAUGACUGGGAGCCCUGCACCAUUUGUGGUAUGGGCUGGCCUCCAUCCUGGCAAGCAGCCUGAUUCCCACCCCAUGCAAAUCCCAUUGCCAAACAAAACAAUAAAUGUUUUGGUGUUUGUAUCGAAUUAAUAAAGUGCAACAGACUUAACAUUUGUUUGACUUGAAGGAUCCCUGUAUGCAUUGUUUUAUGGCCACUGGCAAUUAAUUUCACAGGUGAAUUGCAUAUUGAUGUAAAAUGAAGCUGAGCGCAAAUUCUUUCAGGAAGACGGGGUAUAUAUAAUAUAUAUAUAUAUAUAUAUAUACUGUAUAUAUACAUUCACUCCGCAGCUGCAUAUAAUCAGCUCAUCACAGGCGUUCUCUUUAACAUAUUACAUUCACCUCAUUCUCCAGCAGCCAAUCACUGUGCUGCAGCCAAACUUUAAAAUGGCAGUCAGCUGUGAUUUCAGGUGUUCAUGCUUCCGCCCGCCUCCUCCUCAUCCACCUCCUUUCAUCACAUCCAGUGCCAGGAGAGCUAAUCCAAAGACCUCAUCACACCCCCUCUUCAUCCCAUCUCCUCAUCAAAUCCAGAUCUUCAGCAUCACCACCAGUGACUAGACCCCGGAGGGGUUCCCUAUAUGCUCACAGCUGCAUUUCCCCCUUUCGAUAUACCAUUUCAGGAUCGGGGUCUAAUCGAGACUUAACAUUUAACGUAUGGCAUGUGUCAAUAAAUGUUCUUUAAACAAAA